AUGCUAAAUUAUGGUGACGAGAUAUAUUCUGCGGUCGCUCCUGCAACUCCUUCUAAACUUGAUCCCAUCCAUCACCAGAGAUUACAUUCAUUUAGUGCUUUGCAAGCUAUUAAAACAUUGGAUUCACCUCAUCACCUAGUUCUUCGUAAACAACUUUGGUUGCGUUGCAUUGCUAGCAGAAAUAAAGAAAUCAUUUUCUACUGGGUCCCUGUUGAUGUUCAGGGCAAUGAGCAGGCAGACUCUGCUGCACGAUCUAGAGUGCACAGUCUCCCAGUUUCAUAUAGAAGUGCAGAAAUAGUGCAGCUGGCCAACCAGGACUACGGUGUGUGCAUCAAGAGAGCUGACGACUACUGUGGCAUCAUUUAUGACCGCAACACCAACGACGGCGACUAUAGUUUUACACUCUCUGGAGAUACAAAUACUCUGCUUCCAUAUUUAAUUGGUACCUUCGAAGCUAACAGUCGGAACGAAGACUGUACGACAGACUACGUGGUCAUUCCUGGAGGCAGGUACACUAUGUAUGCCAACGAUAUUACAACAUUCCCAGCAGACAGAUACUGUGGCCUCGGCUUUCCUUACACCGUCACCACCACUGCCCAGCCCUUCGUACUGUACUUUAAAACAGACGGGGAUGAGUUGCUUGAUAACUCUAACCGAGGCUUCAGCCUCAACUACCGACAGAUUAUAAGCUGCGUGUAAUGACCUGCUAACAAAUACCACUAGCACCAGCAGAAGCAGCAACAACAGCAGUUGUAGUCGACGUCGUCACCAAGACUACAACCUGGAUGCUGAAAGACUCUAGAAAUCUAUCACUUGAUAAUGCUGAACAAAAAAGACUGGUUGUGGAACACGCUGUCACUGGGACUACGUUUUACUCAGUGUAGAUUUUGACUCAAUACCCAGUAUUAUGCCUACAUUAAUGGUAUAUAAUACUCACAGGUUCAUGAAUAAGACCCAAGUGUAAUACCUGGGUACAUUAUUGACGUGCCGUUUCACGGAAAAUAUGCUUUCUCAGACUAAUCAAGUGGUAUGUGACAGUAAUAUCCUUAUAUUACUUAUAAAUAAUACCGACCAGUAGUAAAAUGUGCAAUGCCCGGGUUUUAUUAUUAAAAAAAU